AUGAUACCAUCAACUAAAUGGGUCAUUCUCUUACUAACUAGCUUGUCUUAAUUCUCAUUUCGAGUCUUUGUGGAUUACCCAUCUUUAUUGGCUACUGAAAUAAAGAAUCACUUCAUUGUGGAUCAAUUCUAAAUAAACUUACUGUUUUCAUUUAGAUCCUUCCCCAACAUUAUUAUGCCUUUCGUAGGAGGGAUGUUAUUGGAUAGAUAUGGAACAAGAAGAGGGCUAUUCGGAUUUAUGCUCUUCAUAAUCUUUGGAACAUGUUAAGAAAAAAAUUUAUAUUAGUUCUUUGUUACUUGUCAAUUGUACUGAAUAAUUUCACGCUAAUGCUCAUCGGCAGAUUUUUUAUGGGCUUAUUUUUGGAAUGCUGCUAUGUAGGGAUAUACAAAAUUUUAUCGAAAUGGUUUAAAGAGGCUUCGUUUGCUUAUAGGUAAGAAUAACCCUAUAAUAAGCAUUGACACAGCUUUCAUUUGCGGUGGUACUAUUGCCUCGACGAUUCUAUUGCCCUACUUAGUCAACAAUUACAGUCUAGAAACGGCUCUUCUGGCUUGUCUAAUGUUGUGCAUAGUUUCUUUUAUCGGCCUUAAUGCUGUGACUACCAUUGAUAAAAUCUAUUCAGUCGAAACCAAACAAGAGACCAUUCCUCACUUUUCAUUCGCCUUACUAACUCAAUUCAACAUUGACUUCUACAUUAUUGCUUUGAGUUCUAUUUUUUGUUACACAAGUUAUUACAUAUACUCAUACAAUAAUGCAGAAAUGUUUAAAGCUAUGUACAAAAUUAAAUUAUUCAUAUUUAGGUAUCAUUUAUCAUCUUAUUCUGCAGCCACUCUCUACGGACUUCCUUGCUACAUGGCUAUAUUUAUAGCUCCUUAUUUAGGUCAUCUAGUUGAUAAACAUGGAUAUAGAAUGCAAGGAUUACAAAUAACAAGUGUGAUCUAAUUGAGUGUUUUUACUUUGGUUUAUCUCAUGCCUAGUUGCGAGACUACCUGCUUGAUCAUCCCAGCCAUAAGUCAACUAUUGAAUGGAAUAUUUUUUGCUGCUUAUGUUGUAACCUUGUGGCCAUGCAUUUAGAUGGUGGUUUCCAAUUAAUUGUCGGGAACUGCCUUUGGAGUAGUUUAUUCUAGUGUCAGUUUUGGGGUUUCUUUUGCCUCUAUUUUUAUUGGGAAAGUAGUUUAAGAGGAAACAUAAGGUUCUUAUUCAAAUAUGCUGGGCAUUCUACUUUUAAUCACAUUUUUGGGAGCGUCAAUGAAUUAUUUGUUAUAUUAUAGGGAUUCAAAAUACUUUAACAAUCAAAAAUAUGUUAUUUCACAAAAUAGUACAGAGAUGGAACUAAAAAUGCUGGAUUGA